AUGCCCAAGCAGGUGGCCGACCUGAGGGACGCGGCCAACGCGUCCGCGGGCGCCUCCUACGACCUGGUGCUGGUGUCUGGGCAGCUGUACGCGGGCGCGGGCACCGCGGAGCAGCUGCCCCGCCGGCUGCUCGGCCUCUGCGCGCCUGGGUGCCGGGCGAUGCUCACCUACUGGGGCCACUCGGGCCUGCCGGUGCGGCUGUGGCCCCUGGGCUUCCCGCUGGGCGACAGGUUUCUGGAAGACAUGCGGCAGCUCGGGUUCCUGCUCACCGACUUCAGCCUCUGUUCGAGGCGGGGCCACGUGCACCCGCUCUCGGGCUACGCGUGCGUGGAGUUCGAGCUGCUCCCUCCCGCUCUCCGGCCGGAGCCGCCCCCCUGGGACGGCACUUGA